GAUUCAGCAUUUACUCAUAUUAAAGCUGCUCUUUUGAAGGAAAUUAUUGUACAGAUAAUUCCAGAAUAUGUGUUCAGUUACACAAAUUGGCAGAAAAGCAUGAGUAAAUAUUAAAAUUAACCAUUACACUUGCCAAUUAUCACGAAAGCCGAUGCUGGAGUUGUAGACUGCUUUGAUCACUGCGUCCAGGCAGUAAUGUCUGGUUAUUUGCGUUCAAGGCUCCUCUUUUACACUGGUGCAAGACAUCUGACCAGUUUCUUUGCACCCAGCCAGCAUGUUUUACCUGAUACACUGUGUAGAGCCUGCCCGCUCCCUUCUCAAGCCCGGAGCUUCUCCUCCCAUCGUGGUCGAUCAGAUGGAAGCUCAGGACAGGAAGGAGAAAACUCACUGCGUGCUCCAAGACGUGAAGUGGACUUCCAGCUGAGCCAGCUGCAGAUCAAUGCAGUUUUGCAUGCUAAUGAGCAAUCUGUUCGUAUUCCAGAGUUUGAUGGCCGUGGUGGUCCCAGUCCAGUGGUCAGGUUUGAAAGCAACCAGCUUUCAGCCAACACUCCACUAGAGGACCGACGCAGCAGCGCCAGCUGCCUCCAGACUCGUGGCAUGCUUUUUGGCGUGUUCGAUGGACACGGCGGACAUGCGUGCGCUCAAGCAGUCAGCGAACGUUUGCCUUAUUACAUAGCUGUAUCGAUGAUGUCAGAGUCUGUCCUGGAGGAUUUAGAGGCCGCCAUGGAGACCUUACGACCCGUGCCACCCAUUCUGCAGUGGUACAAGCACCAUAACGACUACAACUACAGGGAAUCAGCAGCCCUCUACGUCAAUCACUUGCGUGUUUACUGGCAGGAGCUUCUGGCGAGCGAAGAACAUGGUGACGGCAUGCGUCUCACAGAUGCUCUGACCUAUGCGUUCCAGCGACUGGACACGGAUCUUUCUCUUGAGGCACAGGUGCCGCUCGCAAAUGACCUGAUGCGGAACACGGCCAUCCAGGCUGCUUUCGCUGGCUGCACGGCUUGUGUGGCUUACGUUGGACCAGAAGGUGUGCAUGUUGCAAAUGCAGGAGACUGUAGGGCGGUUUUGGGCAUCCAGGAGCAUGAUGGAAGCUGGAGUGCUUUGCCACUCACACAAGACCACAACGCUGCCAAUGUAGCCGAGGUGGAGAGGCUAUGGCAGCAGCACCCGGCUAGUGAACGACAAACCAUAAUCGUAGAUGACAGGCUGCUCGGGGUCCUGAUGCCGCUGCGUGCGUUUGGAGACGUUCGAUUCAAAUGGAGUCGUGAGCUCCAGCAGAGUGUUAUAGAGAAAGGAGACUCUGAUUUAGAAGCACUGAAUCUUUAUCAAUACGCUCCACCUAAUUAUCUCACUCCACCUUAUUUAGAGGCCACACCAGAAGUCACCUACCACCAGCUUCGACCGCAGGACCGGUUUUUGAUUUUGGCCUCUGAUGGCCUCUGGGACGAGAUGACCAAUGAUGAGGCGGUGAGGCUUGUGGCGGAACAUCUGACUGGUAUUCACCUCCAAGCUCCGGUUUCAGCCAGCCAGCUCAACUUGGGACAAAUGCACCAGCUGCUGCUGCGGCGACGGGCCAGAGCAACACCCGCUUUGGAUUUGAAUGGAGCCACGCAUUUGAUCCGCCAUGCACUGGGCACAAAUGAGUAUGGAGAGAUGGACCAGGAGAGACUGGCAACCAUGCUGGCUCUGCCUAGCGAUUUAGCACGCAUGUACCGAGACGACAUCACUGUCACCGUGAUUUAUUUUAACCCGAACUUUAGCAAAACUACUAAAUAAAGAACAAGAUUUUAAAGUUUCAUAUAUAAAAAUAUAUGUGAAGGAUUGUUUUCAGCUGUGAAUUUUUCAGUGCUUUUUUAAAUGUUUUUCUUGUUCCUAACUGUCUUUUAUAUUGUUGUGUACACUUAAAAAUGCCUACAGCUGACUUUAAUUUGAGUUCGCAACAGAUGCUUGCAUUUUGGAAAAUGUGAAUGCAAACAAAGGGUAGAAUUCAUAAUGUGUGACUCACUUUAAAUGACACUCUGUGGGUUACAAAUGUGAAGGUACAGUCUUAUUCUGUUCAUGUAGCUCUGACAGCAGCAGAUACAGCUAACAUGCAAAUCAAAAAGUAUCUCUUUAAUUAAGGCCAGUUAUAUAUUCUUUUAUGUCUGAUGGGUAUAUAACUGUUCUUGUGCUUUGGCCGUUUUGUUGAAAUAGUUAAUGUCUACAUGUCUUUCAUCAUAGAUAUAUUGGGUUUGUCUAGGAUCCUUCUAAUUUAGGAUGUUUUCUAAUUUAUUCUAUAGAUAUUCCAUAAGACAUUAAUUUUACUUGCAUUAAAUUUAAAUUGUUGUGCAGCCUGAAGUUUUCAUGAAUUUAGCAUACUUGGUUCUUUCUGCUGUAUUUUGUUUGUUUCUCUGCUUGUGUAAUGAAGACAUUUUCACUUUGCACUUUGUAGUGACUGCAGGUGUGUCAAAGUACUAUAGUGAGCCACAACAAAAUUCUUAUCAGUGGUUAAACUGAUAUUAUUUGCGGUGCAAAGUAUGAAGGUCAUAGGGACCAGUUUUAUUGAAGGCUGUAUUACACGUUACAUUUUACAUUAACGUUACAUCAACUCGCAAGUACAUUUCAAAAUAAUUUAGCUUUAGCAGUUAUGAAGUAAAACUAGUGCACCAUGUUUCCUAAUAGUGAAAUUUUUUUUCCUUUUUACGUUUCUGUUAUUUGUGUCUAUAUUGUUACUUUUUGUUCUGGUCUAAUGUGAGUGACAAACCUCAGAAACACUCUUUUGGAAAUUUGGGAACAAGAUCAUAUAUUUUCACUGCAGAAUUUUUAAUUUUGUCUAAUGUUGUAUUUUUAUGAUGUCCAUUAUAAUCUGCCUCUUUGGUUAUUAAAAGAUGUUUAAUCCAAAUGAUCUUGUUGAUAUUUCAGAAUGGCACAAAGAAUGAAGCAACAGACAAUUUUAAGUCACAUUGUAGUCUCUGAACAUGUUAUGCCUUCUUAUAAACACAAGGUUAUUAAAUAAAAUUAUGCAA